AGUGGCGUCACGUCCGCCGGCGCGCCACAGCAGCGCGUCACUUCCGCCAGCCCGCCACAGCGGGGCGUCACCUCGGAAAUACGCACAGCGGGCGGUGCUCCCGGCUCUGUGGGGCCGUCUUCCCGGCGAGUCCGCGACGGUCGCCGCCCACGGCGAGAUGAAAUCUCACUCUGUCGCCCAGGCUGGAAUGCAGUGGCGUGAUCUCAGAUCACUGCAACCUCUGCCUCCCGGGUUCAAGCAAUUCUCCUGCCUCAGCCUCCUGAGUAGCUGGGAUUACAGGUGCGUGCCCCCACGCACGGCUAAUUUUUGUAUUUUUAGUUGAGACGGGGUUUCACCAUGUUGGUCAGGCUGUUCUUGAACUCCUGACCUCGUGAUCCGCCCGCCUUGGCCUCCCAGAGUGCUGGGAUUUACAGGCAUGAGCCACCGCGCCCGGCCUGUUUUUUUUUUUUGUUGGUUUGUUUUUGAGACGGAGUCUCGCUCUGUCGCCCAGCCUGGAGUGCAGUGGAACCAUCUCCUCUCACUGCAAGCUCCGCCUCCCGGGUUCACGCCAUUUUCCUACCGCAGCCUCCCGUGUAGCUGGGACUACAGGCGCCCGCCGCCACGCCCGUCAAAUUUUUUUUUUUUUUUUUUUUUUUUUUUGUAUUUUUUAGUAGUGACGGGUUUCACCAUGUUAGCCAGGAUGGUCUCGAUCUCCUGACCUCGUGAUCCGCCCGCCUCGGUCUCCCAAAGAGCUGGGAUUACAGGCGUGAGACACCGCGCCCUGUCCGGCCUGUUAUUAUACAUAUGAUUGAUAUCUCGUGACUCCCUAAAAUGAAUACAACCAAGCUGUGCCCCGACCACCUUGGACCCACGUUGUCAGGAUCUCCGGAGGCUGUGUCAUGGGCCUGCGUCCUUAACUUUGGGAAAUAAGCCUCCUGAAAUGAUUAAGACUUGUCGUUUUUCUCGAUUGACAUCUGGUAAGCACUGAGAGAUCCUCAGUGAAGGUAACCCGGCCUGCAGCAGUUCGCCUAUUGAUCCUCGGUAUUGGCUUGGCACCUUAUUGCCCAAACUGGUAGGAUGAUUGCUGAAAUCUGGGACCUUGUUCCUCCAGGGAUCCCUGAUCUUCCAACGUUUUUCGGUGGGGGGUCUGAGGUUUAUUUGCUAUUAAAAAACUCCUUUUUUGGGAGUUCCCACUCGCUUCAUCAAGGAAGGCAAGCCUGCCUGCUUCUGCAUCGACAGAUAGCCGUCUUCAGCUUGAGCCCCAUCACUAGGAACCCUUAACAUUCAGGGAUGUGGCCAUAGAAUUCUCUCCAGAAGAGUGGAAAUGCCUGGACCCUGCCCAGCAGAAUUUGUAUAGAGAUGUGAUGUUGGAGAACUACAGAAACCUGGUCUCCCUAGCUAUGUGUUCUCAUUUCACCCAAGACUUUUUGCCAGUGCAGGGGAUAGAAGAUUCAUUCCACAAACUUAUACUGAGAAGAUAUGAGAAAUGUGGGCAUGACAAUUUACAAUUAAGGAAAGGCUGUAAAAGUAUGAAUGUGUGUAAAGUGCAGAAAGGAGUUUAUAAUGGAAUUAAUCAAUGCUUGUCAAAUACUCAGAGCAAAAUAUUUCAAUGUAAUGCACGUGUCAAAGUUUUUAGUAAAUUUGCAAAUUCAAACAAAGAUAAGACAAGACAUACUGGAGAGAAACACUUUAAAUGUAACGAAUGUGGCAAGUCAUUUCAGAAGUUCUCAGACCUAACUCAACAUAAAGGAAUUCAUGCUGGAGAGAAACCCUACACUUGUGAAGAACGUGGCAAAGACUUUGGAUGGUACACAGACCUGAAUCAACACAAGAAAAUUCAUACUGGAGAGAAACCUUACAAAUGUGAAGAAUGUGGCAAAGCCUUUAAUAGGUCAACAAACCUUACUGCACAUAAGAGAAUUCACAACAGAGAGAAAGCCUACACAGGUGAAGAUCGUGACAGAGCCUUUGGAUGGUCCACAAACCUGAAUGAAUAUAAGAAAAUUCAUACUGGAGAUAAACCCUACAAAUGUAAAGAAUGUGGGAAAGCCUUUAUACAUUCCUCACACCUGAAUAAACAUGAGAAAAUUCAUACUGGUGAGAAACCCUACAAAUGUAAGGAAUGUGGCAAAGUCAUUUCCUCAUCCUCAAGCUUUGCUAAACAUAAGAGGAUUCAUACUGGCGAGAAACCCUUUAAAUGUUUAGAAUGUGGUAAAGCCUUUAAUAUUUCCACAACCCUUACUAAACAUAGGAGAAUUCAUACUGGAGAGAAACCCUACACAUGUGAAGUAUGUGGCAAAGCCUUUAGACAGUCCGCAAACCUUUAUGUACAUAGGAGAAUUCAUACUGGAGAGAAACCCUACACAUGUGGAGAAUGUGGCAAAACCUUUAGACAGUCCGCAAACCUUUACGUACAUAGGAGAAUUCAUACUGGAGAGAAACCUUACAAAUGCGAAGACUGUGGCAAAGCCUUUGGACGGUACACAGCCCUGAAUCAACACAAGAAAAUUCAUACUGGAGAGAAACCUUACAAAUGUGAAGAGUGUGGCAAAGCCUUUAAUAGUUCAACAAACCUUACUGCACAUAAGAGAAUUCACACCAGAGAGAAACCCUACACAUGUGAAGAUCGUGGCAGAGCCUUUGGAUGGUCCACAAACCUGAAUGAAUAUAAGAAAAUUCAUACUGGAGAUAAACCCUACAAAUGUAAAGAAUGUGGGAAAGCCUUUAUACAUUCCUUGCACCUGAAUAAACAUGAGAAAAUUCAUACUGGAAAGAAACCCUACAAAUGUAAGCAGUGUGGCAAAGUCAUUACCUCAUCCUCAAGCUUUGCUAAACAUAAGAGGAUUCAUACUGGCGAGAAACCCUUUGAAUGUUUAGAAUGUGGUAAAGCGUUUACUAGUUCCACAACCCUUACUAAACAUAGGAGAAUUCAUACUGGAGAGAAACCCUACACAUGUGAAGUAUGUGGCAAAGCCUUUAGACAGUCCGCAAUCCUUUAUGUACAUAGGAGAAUUCAUACUGGAGAGAAACCCUACACAUGUGAAGAAUGUGGCAAAACCUUUAGACAGUCCGCAAACCUUUAUGUACAUAGGAGAAUUCAUACUGGAGAGAAACCUUACAAAUGUGAAGAGUGUGGCAAAGCCUUUGGACGGUACACAGACCUGAAUCAACACAAGAAAAUUCAUACUGGAGAGAAACUUUACAAAUGUGAAGAGUGUGGCAAAGACUUUGUAUGGUACAUGGACCUGAAUCAACAGAAGAAAAUUUACACUGGGGAGAAACCUUACAAAUGUGAAGAGUGUGGCAAAGCCUUUGCCCCAUCAACAGACCUGAAUCAACACACGAAAAUUCUUACUGGAAAGCAAAGUUACAAAUGUGAAGAGUGUGGCAAAGCCUUUGGAUGGUCCAUAGCCCUGAAUCAACACAAGAAAAUUCAUACUGGAGAAAAACCUUACAAAUGUGAAGAGUGUGGCAAAGCCUUUAGUAGGUCAAGAAACCUUACUACACAUAGGAGAGUUCACACUAGGGAGAAACCCUACAAAUGUGAAGAUCGUGGCAGAGCCUUUGGAUGGUCCACAAACCUGAAUGAAUAUAAGAAAAUUCAUACUGGAGAUAAACUCUACAAAUGUAAAGAAUGUGGGAAAGUGUUUAAACAAUCCUCACACCUGAAUAGACAUGAGAAAAUUCAUACUGGAAAGAAACCCUACAAAUGUAAGGAAUGUGGCAAAGUCAUUACCUCAUCCUCAAGCUUUGCUAAACAUAAGAGGAUUCAUACAGGUGAGAAACCCUUUAAAUGUUUAGAAUGUGGUAAAGCGUUUACUAGUUCCACAACCCUUACUAAACAUAGGAGAAUUCAUACUGGAGAGAAACCCUACACAUGUGAAGAAUGUGGCAAAGCCUUUAGACAGUCAGCAAUCCUUUAUGUACAUAGGAGAAUUCAUACUGGAGAGAAACCCUACACAUGUGGAGAAUGUGGCAAAACCUUUAGACAGUCUGCAAAUCUUUAUGCGCAUAAGAAAAUUCAUACUGGAGAGAAACCCUACACGUGUGGAGACUGUGGCAAAACCUUUAGACAGUCUGCAAAUCUUUAUGCACAUAAGAAAAUUCAUACUGGAGAUAAAACCAUACAAGUGUAAAGAAUGUGGCAAAGUCUUUAAGUCAUACUCCAGCAUUCUUAAACAUAAGAGAACUCAUACCAGGGGAAUGUCUUACGAAGGUGAAGAAUGUCGCGGUCUUUAAAUGCUCCUCAAUCCUUUCUAAUCAUAAGAUAAUUCAUAAUGGAGAGAAACUCUAAAAUGUGAAAAAUGUGAGAAGGCUUUUAAUCACACCUCAAUCUGUUGUAGACAUAAGAGUAAUUAUAUUGAUGAGAAGCCAAAUUAAAAUUAAAAAUGUGGCAAAGACUUCCAAUUCUAGUCACUUCUUAGUGUAAUUCCUACUGAAGAAAACACCUGGAAAUACAAAAAAUGUGGCAAAACUUGUAAUCAAUGCUUAGUAUUUUUGCACAUGAUAGUAUUUAUAUGUGAGACUACUUGUACAAACAUAAAAAUAUACAAAAGCUAUUAAUGUCUACUUGAAAUUUAUAGUUAAUAAAAGCAUUGUAAUUUCUGUUGAAAGACCUUUUAGAAAAUAUAGGCCAUUAAAGUGAAGAAUAGUCUUAAGACAGAGAAUACAAAGAUAAAGAGGGCUCUAGUACCUGUACUUGUAUCCCAGAACUUACUAUAUGCAUUUUGUACUAGAGGAAAACUCUGAAGCAGUUGCUUAAACUUUGUUCAACAUCAGAGAAUUUAUAUUGGAGAGAAAUCCUACAAAUGUAAUAAAUGUGGAAAAACCUCUGUUCAGAAACUGCAGGUUAAGAAACCAGAGGCCAGGCGCAGUGGCUCACGCCUGUAAUCCCAACACUUUGGGAGGCCAAGGAGGGUGGAUCACCUGAGGUCGGGAGUUCAAGGACAGCCUGACCAAUAUGGAGAAACCUUGUGUGUACUAAAAAUACAAAAAUUAGCAGGACAUGGUGGUGCAUGGCUGUAAUCCCAGCUACUCAGGAGGCUGAGACAGGAGAAUGGCUUGAACCCAGGAGGUGGAGGUUGCGGUGAGCUGAGAUCAUGCCAUUGCACUCCAGCCUGGGUAACAAGAGUGAAACUCUGUCUCAAAACAAGAAAAAAAGAAAAGAAACACCAGAGAAUUUUUACUAGAAUAUAAUUUGUAGGUGCAGUAAAUGUGAAGAAAUAUUUAGGCUAAAAUUAAGACUAUGUAAACAUCAGAGGAUUUACAGUAGAAAGAACUAAGGAACUAACACUUCAGACUUUAAAAUAAAUCAGAGUAUUAAGUAUAACAAAAGUUGAACCUGUUAGAAAAUUUCUUUGUAUAUAAGUUGAAAAGUAGGUUUUUGAAGAGAUAUAUUCAAAAUAUAUUUUUUCACUUGAAAAAAGUAAAAAUUUGUUUCAAAAGCAAAUAAUUCAACUCUAAAAUUACACUAUUUCAACAUUCUCAUUUAUGUGAAAGCAUGUGAUAAAUUGUUGCUGCAUCAGAGAUAUGAGAAAUUCCUUUGCAUUAGGUGGGCAUUAUUCAUAGACGUCUACAUGAAAGAGAAGAGAAAUAAAAGAUGCACCAGGAAAAUCUGAGCAGAGAGGCUUUUAGUGGUUGACUUACUGAGUGAUGCCUGAAGUCGGUGUUCAGAGUAAUACUUUGCGUUAUACUGAGAGAGAAUCUGAAUUUUAGUAGUAAAUUGUUUUGCCAACUGUAUAUUUAUGUAAUAAGUGCAAUAAAAUGCAGUAAAUUUUAAAAUUCUCUUAAGAUAAUGUGAACUUAAUUUUUGAAAUAAAAAUUGUUAUUGUGUUAAAA